UUUUCCAUAUAUUCUCCUCUCUUUUAUUUCUCUCUCAAAGCAAAAUCUGACUUUUUUUUUCUCUUGUCUUUGCCUUGUAAAGAUUGAUUAUAUCUUGCUUAGCUUUGGUUUGGUUUCCUUGAGUGUUUUGUUUUUUUAUUUUCUCGAGAGAGAAAGAAAGGGAAAAUCUUAUCUUGCAUCGAUGAGGAUCAGGAAAAGACAGGCUCCGCUACCUUUCUCUUCCAUUUCACCAGUACCUCUUUCAUCAGAUCCCAACUUUAACCGCCCUCCGGUAGCGGUGGUGCAACUCCCGCUACGGCAGCAACAACCACCCACUCCUUGCUGCUUUGAUCCUCACUACCCUUCUCAAUCUGAUCAUCCGAUCGGCCAAGCACUACCAACCCAACCCCGUGAUGGAACAACACAUGGAGAACAACUCACGAAGAACAAACAAGACUACUUGGUUUUGAAGCCUGGAGGAGAAGAAGAAGAGGAGAAGAUUAAUGACACCAGGGAGAAAAAUGUUUUGGGUGCAAAACUAGGAACUGGGUCUCCUCCACAGUCGAGUUCUUCCCAUCAUCAAGCUGUUGGGAGAUGGGGUGAGGGAGAAAAAGAAUUUCCAUUGAAGAAGAGAAGAGGGAGCGUUGAAACAACAGGGGACGAUGAUGAUACGAUAAUGGCGAAAGAUACAAAUAAUAAGCGGCCGAUGAAGAGCAGUACCAGCAAGAUGAAGACUAAGCUGAACAAGAAACUUGUGCUGCAGCAGCAGCAAAGCAAUGGUGAAGAACAAGAGAGCAAAGACAUUGCUUGCACUAGUGUUUAUAAUAAUAACAAUUCUAGUGGUGCAAAAAAGAGAGGUCGAGGUGGUGCACUCAUGGAAGGGUCGCGGUGCAGUCGAGUUAAUGGAAGGGGAUGGAGAUGUUGCCAACAAACACUCGUUGGUUACUCUCUUUGCGAGCAUCAUUUGGGCAAAGGUAGGUUGAGGAGCAUGACUAGUGUUCGAAGCCGAUCUUUAGCAUCAAAGGAGGAGGGACAGCCUAAUAAUGGUGAUAAUCAAGGUCUGAUGUUGUCCAAUCUUUCUUCUUCGUCCCAACAAUUAGCAAAGCGUGAAUUGCAUGGUGAAAGUGGUGGGAAUGAUGCAGAAGGAGAGGAUCAGAAGCCAUUGAUGAUGACAAAGAAGAGAGCGAAGCUUGGAAUGGUUAAAGCUCGAUCCAUAAGUAGUUUGCUGGGCCAAAACGACAAUGCAAUUGCAGUAGCAGAUGAUAAUAACUAGCUGAGCCUGAGAGUGUAUGAAAAUAAAUAAAUAAAAGGUUUGAGGUUACAGUUAUUAUUAUUAUUAUUAUUAUUAUUAUUAUUAUUAUUAUUAUUAUUAUAUACCUGGUGCAACUGUUCCCAACUUCGUUUUUAUUUGAGAUUCUUAAUGGACUGGUGCUUGAUCAAA